GUUCUGCUUUCUCAAACACAAGAGAAAGAUGGAGCUACUGGAGAGCUUCCGGCAAAGGCCCGUGGAGUAUCUCUUAUAUGAGGAGAGACUGAGAAAGCUGGGACUGUUCACUCUGGAGAAGAGAGGGCUCCAAGGGGAUCUUAUCAAUGUGUGUAAAUACCUGAUGGGUGUAGUAAAGAAGGGGCCAGACUCUCCUCUGUAGUGCCCAGUGACAGGACAACAGGCUAUGGGCACACACUGAAACACAUGAAAUUCCAUCUGUACACAAGAAAACACUUUUUUUACUGUGAGUGUGGUCAAACACGGGGGACAGUCUUCACAGAGAGGUUGUGGAGUCCCAUUCUGUGGAGAUCUUCAAAAUGCAGCUGGACACAAUCAUUGGCAAGCUGCUUAAGCUGACCCUGCUUGGAGAAGAGGAAGGUCCCUUCCAACUGAAAUGAUUCUGUGAUUCUGUCUCACCAGUGCUGAGUAGAGAGGAAGGAUCAUCUCCCUGGAUGUGCUGGCAACAUCCCUCCUAAUGUAGCCCAGGGUGCUGUUGGCCUUCUGUGCUGCAAGGGCACACUGCUGGCACACAGUCAACUUGUUAUCGACCGAAUUUGCCACAGCCUUCUCUGCAGAGCUGCUUUCCAGCUGCUCAGCCCUCAUUGUGUUCUGGUGCAUAAGGGUUAUUCCUCCCCAGGGGCAGGAGUUUGCAUUUCCCCUUAGAUGAACUUGAAAAGAUUCCUCUCAGCCCAUUUCUGCAGUCAUUUGAGGUCCCUCUUAAUGGCAGCACAGUCAUCUGACGUACCAACCACCGUUCCCUAUUUUAAACUGAAGUCUGACUUCACAAGUCUCACACCUGAAAGAAAUAGUGCUAUUGUACAGGCACGUGGGAAAAGAUGCUGUCCAGUGUACCUGGGUGGAAGUGCUUCACCAUCUGGCAUAGGAACAAAUAUUUCAAAAAGAACAUGUGAUCAGCUACGUUGUACUGCCUGUGACUUCCGUGUGUCAGUUUUCAAUGACUACAUCUGGGAUCAGUCCUGUGAUUAUCUCUUUUUCAGGAAUAACAUGCCUGAGCUCAGUAAACUAAGAGCGAAGAUGAUAAAGAAGAAAGGAGCACGAGCAUAUGCUUGUCAGUGCAGCUGGCGAUCCAUUGAUGAAUUAACUGACCUCCAGACAGAGCAGCAGCUUCGGUGGGUUUGUGGUAAACAUGGAGAUUGAAGUCGUCUUGUGUGUGAUACCUACUGUGUGGACACAGGUCAUAAGCUCAAUUUGUUUCCUAGUUUCCUGAGAACAGGUGGAAACCUGAAUACUUAUAUCUAGAAAUAGAUUAUAAUACCCAGAUUUCAACCUGAAAACCUGUUUUUUCAGUUUAACUAUCUUACAAGCAAUGUGGAGAGUUGAAUUAUUACAAGAAACAAUUUUGAGGCUUUCUGGAAGUUAAGUGAUGUUAAAGCUCAUACUGAGUAGUGUUAAAGGAGAAGAUGAAAUAAUACACCUGGGCAUGGGCAAAAUACCUUGAUACUGUUCCUCAUAUCUAGCAGAGAGCCUUAUUUCCCGUAUCUGCAGAAUCUUGGAUUCAAAAUGGUGGGUUGAGACACAGCCAUGACACACAAGCAUAUGAAUUUCAGCAUGGAAAUUAAUCCCGCUCUUCCACUUUGCUCAUUGCUGGUAAAGAGCAAGUGGUUGUUGCUCUCUUAAAAAAUUACUGUGGGAUCAGCUCUCACCUCAAAGGUUUCAGCGCACCCCAGAACUUUACUUUCUUUUACCCACCAGAAACCAAAAACUACAGGUGCUGAAAAUUUUCUUCCAGUUCCUACUGCUCUCUUCAGAGCACUUUCCUCUGACUAAGCACUUUUACGACAAUGAAAUUUUCCUCAGCCUUCACUGCAAGAGGUGAACAAGUUAUUGUUAAUUAUUAAAUACCGUGCAAUUUUAAAGAUAUUCCAAAGAGUAUUCUGUCAACAUUUUCAAGGGAAAAAGACUCUGGCUUUUAAGAGUGAGAAAAUAUAUAUCCCCACUAAUGUUCAAAUUUAGAUUUUAUUUCAGUUUCACAUAGCUUUCCCUUCAGCUUCUCCUUAAAAUACAAUGUAUUGAGAAAGUGUAAUUGUCCUGUUUCAACUCACUUCCUUCCACCAGUAAUAUUGUUACUUGGUGAAUCAUCUUGCUUACAGUCACUGUCACUAUAGUUUAUGAGCUCUUUCUUUUCAUUAUUUAUAAAUAACACAGGAGAUAGACUUGAAUUUUAUGCAAGGAGAGAGGAAGGAAAGGACUACCAGUCCUGUCACUUACUGCAUUUGAAAGUGUCUCAGAAUGGGUAGUCUGUCAAUAUUUUUGCUAUGCAAUAUGUGUAUCUGUACAGAUAAAUUCGAGAUUAUUUACUUUGA